AUGUGUGGAUGGUGGUUCGGUGCCUCUGUGGGUGGGGACAUGGUCUGGUCAUUCCGACCCGGAUCGAACCUCCAUCCUACCAGCGCUGAACCUGAAGUUGGUCUCCUUGGCCGCGAAGGUGCAUGUGGACAGCAUCCUCUCUCAAUGGUCAGUAAGGAGCUCCUCUUGAUUCUCACUUUCAGCUGCCUUGCAACAGACGGCCUCAGUUUGAUCAAGCCUGGGCAGCAUCCAGAUGUCGCUUUGGCACGGGAAAGUCAAGAAGUGAAGCCCGCCCUGGCAGACGAGGCUGAUGUAAAGCAGCAUGGCAUCCUUUGGGUGACAAACACCGGAAAGUUCUGUCUAGGCCUCUUGCUCACUCUAGUUGGGUUGAUUGCAUCUUGGUACUUUGAGCGGCAGCUCGCCCGAUUGGAGUGCUUGCUCUCCAUCGGCCGGAGCAUGUGCAAAAGCGUUCAGGAAGCAAAGGCAAUGCCUGAGAAUUGUGGCUGCCUGGUCCACCUGCCCGGACAGCUGAAGCCGGAGUUGCCAGUUCAAGAUCCGCGCUUCGCGUGCCAUAAGCUUAGCACGGGCUGCGUCCGUCUGAGAACACAGGUGCAAGCCUACCAGUGGGCCGACAGUCGACACUCUCAGUCGCAGAAGCAGUGGUCGGAGGAUCCACAAAGCUUUGCACUCCUGCGUCGGGAUCCGUCCAAGAAGACACCCACGCUGCCCAUAGCAGUUGGAACAACUGUCACAAAUGCAUCUUCAGUGAAGUUUGGGUCAGGUUUUUUUCUGCCUCGCGGCCUCCUUGACCAGUGCUGUUCAUUCCGGCCCGCAUCAAAGCUGCUAGGGUCCGAAGUGUCCACACACAAUGGCCAGUUGCGCUUUCUCUUACACAGUGAUGGCCGGUACUACUGGCGAGCGGGCAAUGACUGGACAGUUGAGAAGGUAGCAUCAGAGCCCAUGCUAGGGGACUUACGGGCAUCGUUCGAGAUGGCGGCUUCUGGAGUUGCAACGGUGCUUGCUUUGCAGGCUGCAGAUGAUGGCGACGGCUCUGCUACCCUUCUUCCAUUCAGAUUGGUGCCUCAGGUAUAUGAGGAAGGCGAGCAGAAACGUCGAGUCUUGCAAGAAGCCCGGAAGUCACGGGUUGGAUUAGCCCAGGAGGAUCAGGUUUGUCCCCAAAGCAGGCUUUGCUGCAGCUGCAACUUUGUGGCCGGCUGCUGUACUGGAGUGGCUACUCCGGAGAUCUUCCGCUUGUACGAGGGCCACCGGGGAGUAGAUGCCUGCUUCACAGACCUCCGGAAGUCCUCCAGCGUAGAUGUCGGCUUGGGCUCCUGGUCUUUCCGACUCCUGGUGCUUUCCGUGCUCACAGCUGGCAUCCACAUCUCCUUCUCAGAGGCUUUGAUGCAUGUGCUGCCCAUCUCCAGGGCUAUGACUGACACGCCCGGCACCGUGCCAAGAUUCAUUGUGAGUGCUUGUGUGGCUCUGGCCGCCACCAGCGGAAUCAUCAGCGUAGUCUUCUUCCCAUACAAGGUGGGUAAGGCCUUCAUCUACUUGGUGGCAGCGUCCUUCUUCUUGGUGCUUCCUUUGAUCCUCAUGUGCUGA